AUGUCGGCCUGGACAGAUGACGAGUACAUGAAUGCGCAGGCCGCAGUUUCGCUGCCUCCACGAGAGUAUGUUCCUUACAGAACACCUUCGACCAAGUCAAGGAAGUCGAGACGCUCAGCACGGUCAAUCACCCCUCCAGCAAAGAAGAAGAUUUCGCCGUCGAGAAACGGAAAUGCCUCCAAGCGUUCCUCAAGGGAUAUAACAACCGAUGAGCAAAUAAGCAUCCUCGAUCCACGACGUUUCACCCCCACGCUACAUGCCAACUUGGUGUCUGAAAUCUUGUCACUAAGGAGAGACCAAGAAGAAAAGGUCAGGGUUAUUGAGAGUCUCGAAACUGCACUACAAGCAAGUAGGGAGGAGCAGGAUACUCUACAAGACAGUUUAAAUGCCGCAGCCAAAGAGACACGCUCGUUGCAACGGCAACUGUCUUUGCUCGAGGGUGGAACUUCUUCAGCUUUGGGAGAUCUUUCACGAGAAAGAGACGAGGCUGUCGAUUCAGCGACUGAUACAAAGAAGCGCUUAGACGCAGCCCUGAAGAAGAUUCGUAACCAAGAGGAAGAUUCUGAGCGAGUUCAUGACCAGUGGGCGGAAGAAAAGGAGAACUGGGAAGAUGAAAAGCGCAAAUAUGAGCGCCGAAUCCAUGUGGCGGAAAGCCGCCUUAAGAUGGUGCUUGAUGAAGUGGCAGCCUAUCAGGCUAAUCACGCAAAUGGAGCUGCUCAACAGGGCCGUGGCCACGAGAGCGAGGCAGAAGACAGCGGUAGAGAGAACGACACAGGCAGCGUCAGAACAAUGAGUCUCACAAGCAGCAUUCGUUAUUCCCUGGCCAACGGGCCUGGCCUUUCUCUCAACGGCUAUUCACUGGCAGAUGAGCUCAAAUUUGAUGAUACCGAUGAUCAAACAGACGUCGACGGACGCGAAAGCGUCUUCUCAAGUCCACGACAACAACAUCGGCGAACAUUUAGCCGUGAGAGUGUCAUUAGCAAGCUUCACCGAAGGACAAAGAGCAUAGAAAGUGUGAAGCGUCCUGGCAGCGUCGCACGCGGUAGGGUUUUCAUGAACCAAUCAGUUCUAGAGGCUCUUGAAGGCGAAGACGAAGAGACGGAGGGAGAAGACUCUGCUCCGGCCCUCCAAUACUCGCCUACCUCUGAGCUCUCAUACGCCGAUACAGGAAUACAAUUUUCUCCACCUCCUUCCCCUAUACUGGAAGUGAUGACAUCUCCCGAACCGGAUUCUGACAUUUCCGAGGUAAUUGAAAAGAAGUACACAGAGACACCUCCACGGUCAUCCGAAGUCGAAGCAAAUCAACGAAAGAAGAGAGUUAGUCUACCCCCUGCCAUUGAACCGCCUGCCACGCCCCGGCGUAUGGUGUCAUCAGCGUCGCAGACGGUUGAGGUUCCAUUAACCCCCCCGAAGACACCAAAUUCAGUAUUCGAGCUGCCCGAGGUUUCACCUAUGGAGGUCGAAGUGCCAAAGCCUGAACCGAAGAUGACGACUUCUUCGACACAGACUGAGAUUCCUGCUCCUAUUGUUUCUCCUAUUCCGCUACCCCCAUUGGAUAUCCCGAGCAUCAGCAUUCAACCACCGACUAGCCGGCCUACCUCGCCUCACUCUCCGAAGCUACCCCAACAUUUCAAAAACUUUGGCUGCCAAGUCAACAUUAUUGUUAAAGGCGAUAUGGUUGACUCAUGCUCUCAAACAGAGGCAAUCCAGACAGACAAGAGACUGGCUCUCCUUCCAGCCCAUCUUCAGCCCUCUUCUAUCACUUCCCGCCCUACCUCGCCUCAUCCUUCGGGCAUUGCUGUUCCCGACAAGAGCGUCAAUCCUCUUGCUGGUGGCUUACCUCCUCGAAACCCUCGCCGGCUGGAGAGCAGCCGCUAUAGCACCGAGCUUCCGUCUUCCCCCAUCAGCUUCCCGGUGGAUGACCAUGAUUUGCAUGACUACAACGAUGAUCUUCUCCUAUCGGGCCAACGCGCUCCAAUAAUCCCGCCUCGUCGCUUCAGCAGCCUGUUCUCUGGGUUUUACACCGAUUCGGACGAGAUAGACGAGUUUGGUGAGCUGGAUUUGAGCGAUUCUGAGUACCGGACGGCCCUGACGGCCCCAAGACCUCCAUCUAACUUGAGCCGAACGGGGAAGCGAAGUUCGAUUGGUACAGUGGCAACUUCUCCAGAUCAAUACUCUAAGCGCUCUGGUAGGACGUCUGCAAGAUCGGUAAGGAGCAGCGAUCUGUAUAGCGUUGGUGAAAAUGAGACCAGGUCAGGAAGAUCGAGUAGGCUCAAUGAAAAAUCGCCAGCGCCAGCGCCGGGCCCAUCAAGCCGCAACAGCGUCACGCGAAAGGCCACCAUGGCCCAGACCGGCUUGGUUAACCAUCCCACCAUUGUUGAGCCCAAGAAUCAGGCACCAUUCCCCAUCCCUGCUCGAGCCAGCUCGCGGAAGCCAUCCAUCAGCACCAGUAUCCCAAGUGAUGGACGCAGCACUCCAUCAAGCACUAGCUGGCAUCGCCGAAGUGGUAGCCGUACUUAUUAUGCUAAUAGUGUUCACGUUCGUCGGGUUCGCUCCGCAAACACUCUGCCACGCCAUGAACGUCAUCAGAGGACAGGCAGUCGAACACCGCCUUUGUCACCCUCCACCGAAGCCCCUGAAAGUCCUGGCCUCCCUCCCCUGCCUCAGAAUGAUAUCACUACGCCACGCAACCGGGAAGGUAGCACAUAUAAGAGGCAUCGCCAUCAGCUAUCCAACAACACCGUCAUGACCGCCAAAUCUGAGGCUGUAUCCCAGGCAAGCUCACAAACGCCGGGAGUCGUGGAUGCGAUUGCUCAGACCAUGGUUGGAGAAUGGAUGUUCAAGUAUGUUCGUAGAAGGAAAUCGUUCGGCGUUGGUGACGCUGCCCACAAGGAUGAGAACAGCAACGAUAGGCACAAGCGAUGGGUCUGGGUAGCACCAUAUGAGCGAGCUAUUCUAUGGAGCAGCAAGCAGCCGUCUUCCGGUAGUGCUUUGUUAGGAAAGACGGUGGCCAUUCAAUCGGUCCUCGAUGUGAAAGAUGACAAUCCAGCACCUAGGGGUGUUACAACACCCAUUUUCAACCGAUCAAUCCUUAUUCUCACACCACAGCGAGCACUCAAGUUCACGGCGCCUACAGCGGAGAGACAUUAUCUCUGGCUGACGGCGUUGUCAUUCCUGGCCCAUUCUUAUCAAGCCGUCCCCGAUGUCCUACCUGCCCCUCCACAACAACACCUCUCGGUUAAGCAACACCCUCUCCCGAACUUUGAACCGCCACGCCCUACGAAGCUGACGCGAGGAGGAAUACGAGAUUCCAUUCGACUGGCCAAGGGUCGGGCCGCGCCAAAGACAGAACUGGCGAGCAUGCCUAGCAUUCCCGAUGUUCCGACGCUACGAAUGGGUGAUGUUGCCAGGUUUCGAGUGGCAGAGUCUGUGACUGGGCCAGGGCACUCAAGAGAAAUCUCCGUGGACGCCGCCGAACCACCUAUGAUACCUCGCUUCAACGAUCGGACGGGUCACACGCCAACGAAUCAUGGCCGCAAGCGUAGCAACACGGGAGGCCGUGUUCCCCCGCCGCUGUCUUUCCGAGGCUUCUCAGGCCCUCUUGGUGAAAGCAGUCAUUACUCUUCAAACAGCACGGCAGGUGCCAGCAUCGAGACCACUGGCUCUUCUGACAUCUAUCAAUCACAGGGAUCUACCCCUGCCAGCUGGGGUAUAGCCCAAACACCAUUGUCGACAGUAUCAUCUCAGCAAGGCAACUUCUUUGAUGCAAUAGGCACUGUGAGGAUGGAGGCGUUUAUUAGCCCUCAUGCGUACCAGCAGUAUCACGAAUAUCAAGAAGAGGGAGAUGAUGACUACAGAGCGCUUGCGCGGAAGAAGAGUAAAGAAUUUCGCCGACGCAGCAGCCGGAAUCGUCGUCGGGCCCAGCUGUCAAGGAGCACCCGAGGAUCCGACGAAUUCUUCAGCGGAAGUAAGACAGCAGGAGAGGAAGACUUCUUCCGAGACGAUCCCUUCAGGGGCUUUUAA